GGAGCCAUAUGAGGUGAACCUGCUUCACUCGCGGUCACAGUGGAUGUAUGGUGGUGGUCAGCUAACGUCGGCGUAUUAUCUUACAAUGAUAUUAGCUAGCCCGAUGGCUAGUUAGCUGUACGUCGCUGCAGCCUGUACACGAUAUAGGUAGCUAGCUGGCUGUCUGGCUAGGCCGAUGUUGCUGGCGGAGGAGGGGAUGAAUUUAUUGUCUUCCAUCAUGUCGAAGUCGUUCCGUUAUUUUUAGCUAGCACCCUUGGCUAGCGCAGCUAAUAGCGGUAAGCAAAGCGUGACUAAUCGGUCUGUUGUCUGAAAAACAAUAGUAAUGGAGCAGUGGCAGGACGCGGCCUCUCAGCAGGUCAAGCUGCUUACAAGUCGUGUGAAUGAACUGUUGUCUAAUGGCCUGGGGCUGCUACGCUCCGAGCUCGGUGUGGAUUUGGGACUGAAGCCUGAGCUUAUUCCGCCAUGGGUGAUCCUCUUAGCGGCAUGUACCGGGCUGGUGCUGAUGGUCGCACUGUGGGCCUCAAGCUGCCGGGCUAUCUUCAAGAAACGACCUGCUGUAAGCCCUGUGGACGACGGCCUUGAAAUUAAACGUAGUGUCAGUAAACCUGUCAAGUCGGAGGAACCGAAGAAAAAGAAGAAGAAGGCAGAAAAGAAAGCUCAGUCAAAUGGAAGAGCUGUGGCUGAACCACAGGAAGAAGCCAUUGUGUCGGAAGAGAUAGUGCCACAUCACCAGCCGCCCCCACAAGUGGUCAAGACGGAAAAGGUUGCAGAGGUGAAGAAGUCCAAGAAGAAGGCCAAACAAUCCGUAAAGGAGACCAAGACAGUGACAGAUGGCAAGGAACCAGAAGAAGGCACAUGGGAGACCAAGGUCAGCAACAAGGAGAAGCGUGAGCAACGCAAGAAGGACAAGAGUUCCAGUGAUGGCUCAGCCAGUCCUGGAGGAGGGGACACCCCUGUGAGCACUCCCCCGGAGCAGCUCAAGGCCCCUGUGGCACCUGCACCUGCCAACCAGAAGAAGAAAAAAGGAGAAUCUGCAAAAGUGAAGGCAGAGAAGGUUGAGGCUGUUGUACCUCAAGUUAUCAACAGCGAGGUGGCAGCAGUUCCUGUUGCUAUUACUGACAUGGCUGUAAAUGUUCCUGCUCACACCAUUCCCACUAAGACGGUUCCCUGGGCAACCAAUAGAGAACAAGCACCACGAUGUACUGGUGAUAUUGAUGAGUCGUGGACUGUGAUUGAGGCGGGGAUACCCACAAGUGAGCGUAACCUGGUGUCUUUAGCUGGACUGAGUGCUGCUACUGCUGAGCCCCAGCCUGUGAUGGACCUGCCCUGGCUCAGUCAGCACAGAGUGGACGAUGAGUGGUCUGGACUCAAUGGUGGCUCAGUCGACCCCAGCUCCGACUGGAAUGCCCCAUCUGAAGUCUGGGGCAACUAUGAAGAGCCCACUCCUCAGCCCCCCCCUGCUCAGGAGCAGCCCAUCCCUGAGUCAGCCAAGGCAAAUCUGCUGAUUGUGGCGGCUGACGAUGAUGAGGACGAGAAGGACAAGGGAGAGAGUGCUGUUGAUGGCUCAGGCAAAACUAAAAAGAAGAAAAAGAAGAAGAAGAAGGCUGCUGAGGAGGCAGCAGGCCAGGGCGAGGAGCCAGAGAAGGAGGUGGCAACUGCAGCCUCGGUUAAGAAGCAGCCACCUGUUCAGGAGAAUACCGCUACCGUCCAGCCUGUCAAAACAGCUGCUGUCGAGGCCAGAGUGGAGCAACCAGUGAAGGACAACAUAUCCCAGAAACCCCCUGUCACACAAGUGCCACAGAAGCCAACUGAUGGUGAGCCCACUGCCAAGCAGAAUAACCUCUCUGCUCCAACACAAAAAAAACCUGAGGAGAUCCAAGCGCCUAAGCCGGCAAAGAAGAAGAAGGCGAGGAGAGAGACAUGAGACUGAGUCCACUCUGCAGACCUCUGUAUGCAAAAGACUUCAUAUCCUGUUUAUGCAACACCUUUUGUGAGAAGAACUUUGAACUAAGGUCUCCAUGAUGGACUUAAACCUUAAAACCUGUCUGGAAAUUGAAACGACUUUUAUACACCGAGUGUCAGCCGAUGGAUCAUUGAAAACUGAACCUAGACGCAGUGCAAUCUAAUGUAAUGCGGUGUUAAUGAUUUUUAAGAAUGCAUUUGAUACUCUUGAUUGUGUCUCCUAAUUCCACUGAAUCGAAAUACUGAUUGAGAGAGCUGUAUUGUAGUAAUUAGACAUUUAGAAAAUACUGAUCAUGUUUAGAAAUUUGAUGUUGUGGUGGCUAACGGCUGGAGUUUACUGUGUAGAGAAUGAAAGCGGUCAACAUGCAUCAGGUCACAUAACACUGGGCCAUAAUGAUGAACUGGCCUUUGCUUUUGCGGUCUUUUAUUUUGCUCUUACAUUUGUGAGCCCCGAUGGUACAGUGAGUGGAGAGAUCAAAUGUCUGUCACAUCAACGGUUUGGCUCAACAAGGGUGUAAACAUAUGUCACUUGAAUGAUACUUGAGCAUCAUUGGGUGCAGUAAAGGGAAUCAUGGCUGCUCUGUAUUUUUGCAUUCUUAUCUGUGACUACAACAGUUCAACUGACUCAGUCCAUCUGGUUUGUCCCUUGUCUGAUGUUGUACUGCGGUGUUUCGAGACAACUGUUUCCUUGCUGUUCUUACUAUCUGUGACUGCUUUGUGGCCAGAGCCGUGUGGGAGCUUCUGAUCGUAGGUGUACCAUUGCAGUCAUCAACAUCUUCAUGAUUUUCCACCUGUGGUUGAUUCGAAAGUCUUCGGAACCUUUUGUAAAACCUGUUUGUAAUAAAAGAAAAGCUAAAGCCAUAUGUAAAAAGACUAAAUAAAGGCCAGUUUUUCUAUG